AUGGCUGAACAGCAGGUACCAACCUUCAAGCUCGUCCUUACCACCUUCGUCAAGCGCCAUCUUACUGGUGAAUUCGAGAAGAAGUACAUUGCGACUCUCGGUGUCGAAGUACACCCUCUGUCCUUCACCACCAACCUGGGACAGAUUCAGUUCGACGUAUGGGAUACUGCCGGUCAGGAGAAGUUCGGUGGUCUGAGAGAUGGAUACUACAUCAACGGCCAGUGCGGUAUCAUCAUGUUCGAUGUCACCUCCCGUAUCACCUACAAGAACGUUCCCAACUGGCACCGUGAUCUCGUCCGUGUCUGCGAGAACAUCCCCAUUGUUCUCUGCGGUAACAAGGUCGACGUUAAGGAGCGCAAGGUGAAGGCCAAGACCAUCACUUUCCACCGCAAGAAGAACCUCCAGUACUACGACAUCUCCGCCAAGUCCAACUACAACUUCGAGAAGCCCUUCCUGUGGCUUGCUCGCAAGCUGGUCGGCAACCCUGCUCUGGAAUUCGUUGCUGCUCCCGCUCUCGCUCCCCCUGAGGUUGCUGUCAACCCCGAGCUCAUGGCUCAGUACGAGAAGGAAAUGGAGGCCGCCACCAACAUGCCCCUGCCCGACGAGGACGACCAGGAUCUGUAG